AUGGAAGAACAAGUAAACAGACUAGUCGAGAAGACCUGGGUUUGGGUGCUGAUAUUAUGCCAAGGCAAAACAAGCCUCGCAACAACAGUUACCUCACGUCUCAAUGCCCUCCAUGGCAAGGACACCCCCAUAGCAGUCUACAUCCCCAUGGACGGCUACCACUACUCCCGCGCCCACCUUUCCUCUAUGCCCGAUCCAGAAAAUGCACAUGCGCGUCGUGGAGCAGCGUUCACCUUUGAUGGGCCCGCUUUUCUUACUCUGGCCAAAAAUAUCCGUCAGCCGCUUUUUUCAUCCUCCAAAACGUUAUAUGCGCCGUCUUUUGACCAUGCAAAGAAAGAUCCCGUUGAGAAUGAGAUUGAGAUCGCGCCGUCGAGCAGAAUUGUCGUGUUUGAGGGGAACUAUCUGAGCCUAGGAAAAGGAGAAUGGAAGGAGGCCGCGCGGGUGAUGGAUGAGUUGGUGUGUAUUGUUUCAUGA